AUGUACAGCAAUCAAUACAUAAUGCUUCGUCCAACCCACGUCAUUAUCGCGGCUCUUUUGACUAUCAGCGCUGCUAAGCCAUGUGUGCGAGUUCCAUCGUCUCAAUUAUUGCCGAUAAUCACCCAAGGGACGAGUGCUUCUUAUAGCAAUCCAUAUAGCAUCACCCCGGUGACUACUUUGACGAGUAGUUCUUCAUCUGGCAAUGGUGCCACUACAAUAGAUUCCGGCUCUUUCAGUAUCAGUACCGAGAGUAUAUUGUCGUAUUCUGCUCAGACCACCUCUUUAAGCAUCUCGUACACUUCCUUGGCACCUAGCUCCGAGGCAAGCACGAUUGGCUUGAGUACUACGGAGCCUAUAUCAUCGAGCACAAGAUACACUGAGCCUUUAACAAAUGUAUCAAGCUUAAAUUCUGAGGCUUCCACCACCACUGACGUCGCCAUAACAUUCUCGGCCUCCGCAUCAAGCUCAGCCAACGCUCCUACUAAUGCAGCAAGCACCGCCGAGUACAGUACUACUGGAAGUAGCAAUGCUCAAACAAGCACCACCGGGUCUUUGCCAUCUGUGACUCCCACCGAGGCAAGCAUCACUGAAAUAAGUACAACGACAACUCCAUCUACAGAACCUGGUCCAUCAAGUACUGGUGAUCGGUGCUUUAAAGCCCUUGCCCUGCAGGAUGAAAUAGCCGUCACCGACUGUUCGGCCAGGCUGGUUGUCACAGUGACACCACCUGUCAGCACCGUCACCCAGACAGUGACCGUGACGGCGGUCGAGAGAGCUUUAGAUACUGCGCUGUUUACAGAAACCAUUACUACCACUGGUGUUACGGAGACACUGCUCUUCACAACCAGCACAACAGUCACGGCUUCCACCCAAACAGACACUAUCUCAGAGCAGACAACCUUUUUCAAUACCUUGACCGACAUUUAUUCGGCUCCUACCACCAUCACCACCACUACCUUCAACUACUUGGGUGAUUUGACGGCUCGUGGUCUACGGGCUCGCCAGACUGCUUCGCCGGUAUUGCCAGACUACGCGGCGACGGCAUGCAGCUUUUGGGAAGUAUAUGUAUCGGCUUGUCAACGUAUUAGCGUUGAGGCCUCGACCGUUACACUCCCGAUGGCUACAGAAACAGUCAUUGAGUCCGCCGCCACGUCUGCUACAUCGAUAUGGUCCACCGUGUCCAGUACCCAAACGGAUAUCGUCUCCGUAACGACCACGGUCUCGUCCACGCAAAUCAACAUCCAGUCGCUUACGGUAACUAGCACAACCACCAAGACCGACGCUGUAACCUCGACCGUGACGAUGCUGGUGACGAUAACGCCCACAUCCGUGGUUGAGCUCUCGUGCCAGGCAAGGGGCAUCAAUUUUCGGAUCCGAGGUCCGAACCCUGACGGCACGACGCGCUGGAUGAAUGUAGUAAAUAACGCAGUGGUGGCGUGGCAGACAUUUAGUUCGAACCCGACAGCGAGUUCGCUGGCCUCAUCGACGUGGGUACUAAGCGCCGGCGGUUACUUCGGACUGGCCAACCCUAUCAAUGGCGCCAGCGAGACCCUGGUGGCGUACUUUGACGUGGUGUCAUCCACAGCAUUGAGUGUGCAAAUAAAAAUGAAGCCAAAGUCUACCGUCGACACCAACGUUGCUGCUGGUACUUAUGCCAGGGUCCCAGGUUGCGUCGACCGGCAGUCUAACAGCGUCGUCCUGACCGCUGAUGGGAGGUCCAACAUUCUCUCGUGUGGAAAUUCUCUCUACUUAUCGAGAGGUGAUGGGUCGGAUGUUCGCAGGGACUGCAUUUUGAUGGUAUCGACGGCUGUCUUGGUAUAA